GAAGAAUUCUAUUCUUUUCACUUAUUCUACAAUUUUACUUGUAUUUCAAUAAAAUUAUGAUCAAAUCUGAUGUAUUUAAUAUUCUUUACUAUUUAUUUAUAUUUGCACUGAUUUGUUCUGAUCGAAAGCUAUUUCAACAUCCAUUCCAUUAUUCUAAUUACGCAGAUUUAUUACAUUUAUUUUACUAAUCUCAUUAUUUGAUGAUAUAUAUCAUUACUUAUCGUAUUCUUAAAUUGCUAUUUUAUGAAUUUACAGAAGAUGAAGUUUUCAAUUUGCCUGCUGUUUGCCGUAGUGAGUGCUAUUAGUGCACUUCCAGAUCAGGAGAACACAGUUCGAGAAAUUGCAAAUAAAUGGAUUGAUGCCAUCAACAAUGAUCCCAAAUCAACGUGGAAGGCAGGCCACAAUUUCCACCCGGACACACCAAUGAGCUACCUCCAAGGCCUGCUCGGGGUCAGUGAACUCGAGUCGAAUCUUGCCGAUUUGGACAAGUAUGAAGAGAUGGAGGAAAACGAGGAGAACAAGAAGAUUAAAGUGCCCAAGUACUUUGAUGCGCGCAAAAAGUGGAAGAAAUGCAAAUCGCUCAGAGAGAUUCGUGAUCAAGGAAACUGCGGGUCUUGCUGGGCAGUGUCAGUAGCAGCAGCGUUCGCAGACAGACUGUGCAUAGCGAGCAAUGCCAAGUGGAACGGGCACAUCUCGUCUAGAGAGCUGAUGUCCUGUUGCUCCUACUGUGGCUUCGGAUGUGAGGGUGGCUUCCCUGACGCCGCCUGGGUCUUCAUCAAGCGACAUGGCCUUGUCACAGGCGGUGACUACCAUUCUCACGAUGGCUGCCAACCGUACCCGAUAGCACCAUGUGAGCAUCAUAUGGAGGGAUCAAAGCCAAACUGUUCAGCUUCACCCACUGAGCCAACGCCCGCCUGUGAGACCACGUGCACGCAUGGCUCCUCUCUCGCCUACCAGAAGGAUCGACAAAAGGGCAAAUCAGCUUACCUUGUGCCGGUGGGUGAGAAGCAGACUCAACUUGAAAUAUUCAAGAAUGGACCAAUAGUUGCUGCUUUCAAAGUCUACGAGGAUUUCUUCAUGUACAAAUCUGGUGUGUACAAGCGCCACCCCGAAAGUCCAUUCAGAGGAAGACACGCAGUGAAGGUGAUUGGCUGGGGAGAACAGAACGGCCUCCCCUAUUGGCUGGUGCAGAACUCGUGGGACUAUGACUGGGGCGACAAGGGUCUCUUCAAGAUUGCAAGAGGCAACGAGUGUGACUUUGAAAAGUCCAUGACUGCCGGUCUGCCCAAAUACAAGAAAUAAAGUCCAAAAAGUGUUUUAGAUCAUACCAUAAAUUAAAUAUAUCUUCCUUCUCUGUGAUAAUUCCUUGUUUUGUAUAUUCGCCAAAAAUAGGUUCGAUAAGAAUUGAUAUUGUGGAAUUCCAGCAUAAUUGAUUAAUUUAGAGUAUAAAAUCAACCUUCAAAAUUUUAAAUCAUCAUUUCUGGACCGAAAAUCAAGUGACGAAGCAGUGUGUGACUAUAUAACCUUAUCUUUUGGACAACAUUAACAUUUUAUCAACAUUUUUUGAGAGAAAUAGUACAGGCUUAGCUAGUUUUUCCUCCAAUGUCAUAAUUGUAUUAUGAUUAUAGUAUUUUAUACAAUGAAUAAAUAAAAUUGAUCAUAUAAAACUUUUCAAAAAUAGGGGUACGGAUUCCUAAGGAGUUGAAAGUUUCUUAAACCUAUGGUGAUGUCCACGUUAUAACGGCAGUGUUUAAUUUGCAAUGGUAUUGCUAUCCUUGUACAUCAUUCAACAAAGUGGAUAGCGCUAUCUCUUUCUCGCUUUGCACUGUUGCCAGAUCGCCUUUCAACAAUGUAAAAUUAAUAAUUAAUUAACAAAAUAUUUCAUCUUAAUUAUGAAAAUUCAUUAUGGAAUUAUUGAACAAUAUAAUUCAUUGCUUAAUGAAAUAUAAUUGAUUAUAUUAAAUGAGAAUAGUUAAUAUUACAUCAAUAAACCUGUAUCAGCUUUGGUAGAGAGUUAGUGGGGAGGAUAUUUUUAAUAUUCUUUCCGAAGAAUGGACAUUGAUAUGUCCAAAGCUCCGCCAAUUUAUGUAGAUGCAUAACAAUAUAAUUAUUAUCUAUAGUUAUUAUAUUACAAAUUGCUUUUUCAUAUCAUAUACAGUUCAAUAAUUAUUUUCUUAUUCUAUAUCAUGUAAAUUCAUCUAUAAUUUUGCUGUAUUGUAAGCUAUUGUAUAUAAGUGUAUAAGCCAGUAUAUUUUGUAAUCCACAUAAAUAAAGUACUCAAUCAAUCAGCUACCGUCUAUAGAAGGCAUUGACAAGACGAGGAUCGGCAAUGUUGAUCUCCUAUCUUUCUCCACUGCCAUUAUAACGUGGACCUCACUAUAGAGUCGUGUUUCAGUUAGUCUGCGAGACAUGUCUGUGGACCAAUCCUCGUCUACAGGCCGGUUGCGAGACCAAAAAUCACAGGUCUAUGGUCUCCCGACAGAAAUGGGAAACCUCAAGGAACUUAAACUUGUUGCACGUUAUUUUCAAUGUGUAUAGAGACGAGACGACCCAGUCUAUAAUAAUAAUGUCAUUUUGUACGAUAUUUUCAUAAUAGUGAGACGAGACGUCCCAGCUUAGUUCCAGCGUGUAUUGACUGUUCAGUAAGAUGUGUUGGAAUGUAUAUUUUUCUAACAUCACUCAACUAUUAGUAAUUUGUUGUACAAAAUAAUGUCUCGUCCAUAUUGCAAGUUUUAGUUAGAUGUGAUGCUAUAGAUAUAUAACACUUAUAAUAUUUUGGACAUACUUCUAUCAAAAUUAGGAAAGGAAACAGUUUUGGGCUAGGCCUGUAGGCCCUUCUCUAAUCGUGUAGGCCUAUUUGAUUUGUGUAUCAUGAAAUGUAAAUAAAUGAAUUGAUAUAUAGAAAUAUUGUUAGAUGAGAAGAUACGCUGUCGUGCUAUUUGGUCAACUAGUGUGUAGGUACUUUAACUUAGAUGAUUCACAUUUGGUCUAUAAAAUAUGCCGUUCCAAGAAGAAAUUAGAAAAGAUGAAUUUUAUGUUUAUUAUUCCAAAAUGUUUCAAUAAAUAAGUGUUUCUAUC